AUGGAGCCCGGAGCGCUCGGGCUGCUCUGCCUCUGCCUCUGCCUGGCCGGCGUUCUCCUGGCCCCGGGCUGCCGGGGGGCGCAGGGCAGGUUCGCAUACAAGCUGCUCCACGACCUCUUCGCCAACUACUCGAGCGCCCUGCGCCCCGUGGAGGACACGGACCGGGCGCUCAACGUCACCCUGCAGGUCACCCUUUCCCAGAUCAUCGACAUGGACGAGAGGAACCAGGUCCUCACCUCGUACCUGUGGGUGCGCCAGGCCUGGCUGGACGCUUACCUGACCUGGAACAAGGACGACUACGGCGGCAUCGACAGCAUCCGCAUCCCCAGCAGCUACGUCUGGCGGCCAGACAUCAUCCUCUACAACAACGCCGACGAGCACUUCGGGGGCUCCAUGGAGACCAACGUGGUGCUGCGCUCGGACGGGCACAUCAUGUGGGACUCGCCCGCCAUCACCAAGAGCUCCUGCAAGGUGGACGUGUCCUACUUCCCCUUCGACGGGCAGCGCUGCCGCCUCACCUUCGGCUCCUGGACCUACAACGGGAACCAGAUCGACCUCCGCAACCGCCUGGACACGGGGGACCUGACGGACUUCGUGGAGAACGUGGAGUGGGAGGUGCUGGGCAUGCCGGCCACGCGGAACGUCAUCACCUACGGCUGCUGCUCCGAGCCCUACCCCGACGUCACCUACACGCUGCUCCUGCGCCGCCGCGCCUCCUUCUACAUCUUCAACCUGCUCCUGCCCUGCAUCAUGGUCUCCUUCCUGGCGCCCCUCGGCUUCUACCUGCCCGCCGACUCGGGGGAGAAGGUGUCGCUGGGGGUGACGGUGCUGCUGGCCCUCACCGUGUUCCAGCUGCUGGUGGCGGAGAGCAUGCCGCCCGCGGAGAGCGUCCCGCUCAUCGGGAAGUACUACAUCGCCACCAUGACCAUGAUCACGGCCUCCACCGCACUGACCAUCUUCAUCAUGAACGUCCACCACUGCGGGCCGGGGGCCCGGCCCGUGCCCCCCUGGGCACGGCGGCUCAUCCUGCACCACAUGGCCCGGCUCUGCUGCGUCUACGAGGUGGGCGAGAGCUGCAAGAGCCCCCAGCGGGCGCCGGGCGGGCGGGGGAGCAGGGGGGAUGCUGGGGGGCCGUGGGAGAGCCCCGGGGAGGGGGGGGUGGGCGCCGACGCAGGGGGCUGCCCCCGGGACCACUGCCCGUGCCACCACGAUGCCCUGCUGAGGAACGUCGGGUACAUCGCCGGCUGCUUCCGGCGCCACCGCGCCAACCAGCGCCGCACCGGGGACUGGAAGAAGGUGGCCAAGGUGAUGGAUCGUUUCUUCAUGUGGAUCUUCUUCCUCAUGGUUUUCCUCAUGAGCGUGCUGGUCCUGGGCAAUGCUGCCUGACGGCCCUGCGGACCCACCACCCCGAGGCACCCCCUGCCCACGACCCACCCAGGGGCUGCGGGUGCCCAUGAGGGCAGCGCAUCCCAAAGUGCCCCCGGACACCCCCGGAGCCACGGGGUGGGAACUGCACCAUUGCUGGGGGAGAGGAGCCCGACAGCAGGACCCCUGCCUGUCUGCAGGGCUGAGAGGUCUCGGCUGGCUCUGCCAGGGUGGGCACCCACGGCCCCCCUUCACAUCCCACCAUCAAAUGGAAAUAAACUGUGGAGUGUG